AUGGCUCGUUGUAGUCAUGCCUGGCAAUUCGAAAUAAUGGCAGGAAUGAAACUCGCUCUCUCUCUUACCUCCGGCAUAAUCGGUCUCCAGACUCGCGACGACUCUGAAGACGAACGUUGGUGGGGGCUGCUAUAUCUCCCAGGUGUUGUCGCUGGCACUGUAGGAGCUGUCUCUCUAGCAGCAUCGAAUUUUAUCGGCCCGAUGGGUGCUAUUACAGUCGUGUUUGGUGGUGUUGCGUUGAUGAGCUCAAUGGCUGCGGUUCCUAUUCUUGUGGGCUAUUACCGGGAUGGGGAUAGGCAAGCAACUCGCGCAGAAGCUUUCACCAUUCUUGUUCCAGGCUUAUUCUUGGUCUUUCUACUGAUUGUGUUGAUACUCGGUGCUUUGUAUUCGGAUUGGGUGUUGGCAGUUAUUGCAAAUAAUCCAGUGGGAUAUCCAACUAAGGGUAGCAAAGGCAUACAGGCU